AUGCCUCCCGAAUUUAUCAGCCUUCUCUCCAGCCCCUCCGCUGGGCCCUCUCCUAUCAACACAGGACCCCCACCAUCUCGCCUUGCGCAACCGGUGUUGGCCGCUGUCGCAACGGCGCUGGCGUACGGUGACGAAGAGGUGUUCGAUUUGACAGCCGAAUCGCCAGAGAUAGCACCAAAAUCUCCACCGCUACCAUCCGUGCUGCCGAAAGCGACAUCCCCAACACGGGCAUCUUCAGCAACGAAACGUCCUCGGGAGGAAGAAGCACCCGUGAACACGCCCAUCUACUUCAACUCGGAUGACUUUGAUACGACUAUCAAUCUCGACAGCAGUCUACCACUGGGCAAUGCGCCGACCAACGAACCACGAGAACACAAAAAGCUGCGACUCUCGUCUCCUCGUCAUAGCCGCAGAUCCUCUUUCGACCGGUCACAUUCCGCCACUGAUCAAGGCCCUCGCCCGCCUCUGCGGCAGGCGGGCGGUUUGCGACGGGUGCAUUCGGUUGCGGACCCAAUCGAGUUCUCCAGUUCGCCUGGAGUCCUUUCGCGACCGACGACAACUGCGUCAGCUGCUCCAACGGCUGUGGACAGGCUCGAUUCUGACGACCCGUUUGCUGCACUACCUCCCUCGGCCCAACCUGUACCUAAAACGCAGAACCCUCUUCCAAACGCCACAGUCACCGGUGUCGGCCGUAUAAACUAUAACCUGAGCUCCGACGACCCCUUUGCGAGCUCGCCCCCUGCGGCCCCGAAAGCGAUUACGAAGCCUUGUACAAUAGUCCUAGAUGAUGACGAUGACGACCCGUUCGCUAGCUCACCGAGAAGAGCUCCGGUGGAGGCCAUGAAGCCCCCAGAUUCCAAAAAAUCAAGCGCAGCCGAAUCCAAGGGGAAGGAAAAGGCCGUUUCGCCGAGACGCAAGGCUAACUGGGAUCCCAUCUCGAGUUCCGCACCCGAAUUUAACACUAGAAGUGAUCCAUUCGGGAGCUCUCCACUGCCGGCGCGAAGGACCAUGGCUAAAGCCGCCAGCGCUGUGAUCGACCUCAGCGACUCUGAACCCGAGCCUGUCGUUCGCAACCUCGAUGCCGAUUCGGACGGGGAGUUUCCGGACCUCGACAACUUUGACGUUACAAAACUCAGAGCCCGAUUGAAUACCAAGAAGCCAGCCACGAAACUUACGUCGAAAGCAACAUCGAAAACCACCUCCAAAUCGAACGCUGGCCGCGCAGCAACUACAAAGACGGCAGAAGACAGGACGAGAGAAAAAGAGGAAAAAGCGGCGGAACGAGAAAGGGAAAAGGAGCGCAAGAAGCAUGAAAAAGAGGUGGCCAAGGAGCAAAAGGCAAAGGAAAAGGAACGGGCCGCUGCGUUGGCGGAGGUCAACAAGAUUAGGACUGACAAGAAAGUGUCGACGCCGGAAAUGAUUGCCGACCUUCCAGCAAGUCUGCCCGCCGCCGUGACACUCCAGAUACAAACAUUGUUAAAGGACCUGGACGUCCAGCACGCCAUCUGGAACAGCCCAGUAGACAAUGUGGUCAAAUGGAGGCGGAAAGUCGCAAGCCAUUUCAACGAUGAGCUGGGGCAUUGGGAGCCGAUUCCAAUGCGCAUUCAGCCAGACAAGUACGCGCUCGUCAUCGUCACUGCGUCGGAGUUUGUUACGUACGCCCUGGGACCCGAGGGCAACAACUUGGAGACGCACGUCUCGAAGAUGAAGCGCCAUUUUCCAGAAGAACAGCUUAUAUAUCUGAUCGAGGGUCUCAACCCCUGGAUGAGGAAGAACCGCAACGUCCGGAAUCGGCAAUUCGCAUCCGCCGUCCGUAACCAGGGCGAGGAUGCCGCCGCAGGAGCGGCAGAGGCCUCAACGAGCGCGCAACCGCAAGCACAACCGCGGCGGGGGCGCAAGAACCAGCAGCAGCAGCAGCAGCCGCAGCAGUACAUUGACGAGGACUCGGUCGAGGACGCCCUGCUCCAGCUGCAGGUCAUGUACGACGUGCUGAUCCACCACACCAACGCGGCCGUCGAGACGGCGCACUGGGUCGCCAUCUUUACGCAGCACAUCUCGACGGUGCCGUACCGGAAGCAGCGCGAGGCGACCAACGCGGCGGGCGCCGGCUUCUGCAUGGAGACGGGCCAGGUCCGCACGGGCGAGGACGUCAAGGACACGUACGUGCGGAUGCUGCAGGAGGUUGCGCGCGUCACGCAACCCGUCGCCUACGGCAUCGUGUCCGAGUUUGGGACGGUGACGGAGCUGGUGAAGGCUUUUGAGGAGCGCGGGCCGCUAUGUCUGGAGAACUGCCGCAAGAGUACCAAUAAAGACGGUGGGUUUUCGGACCGGGCGGUUGGGAAGGCCGUUAGUAAGAGGAUUUAUAAAAUCUUUAUGGAGACGGAUGAAUGGAGUACGGAUGUAUAG